GCCAUCUGGGCGGUUGUGCUGUGCUCAGUUAAGUGAAACAACAAAGCCAGGAGGAGCAGCCAGACGACAAGCCUUUUGUUUUCUUCCACUCAGCCUCCUCAGCCGCUGUUUUGUCCGCUCCCCUGCAGAGAGAGGCCAGCCAUCUCCAGCCCUGAUCCCUGGCACCCAGCAGUGCUUCCUCACCAGCUUGGCAGCCUCCCAGGGCAUUCGCGGCUGCAGGGGACUUGGCCGAAGGAAUCACCGGCCAGCAGUGUUUGGAGCAGCCCCUGAGCCCCCGCUGCACAGCGCUGACGUAACUACGAUGCUGGCUGCCUUUUAGAGGCCAGGGACUCGGUUGCCUGGAAACAGCCGAAGAUACUCUCCAGCCCGGAUCUCAGCCCUGACGUCAAGGCCUGACGCUGCCUGGAUGCCUGGCUCGCUCUUUCCAGGCCGCCUGGUGUCAUGGAGGGGAGAGGCCUAGCCUGACAGAGGAGAGCCCAGGAACCACGAAGCAAAUGGACAUCAAAGGCCAGUACUGGACUGACGAUGAUUCGGAUGGAGACAAUGAGUCGGAGGAAUUCCUCUAUGGAGUCCAGGGGACCUGCGCAGCGGAUCUGUACCGACACCCGCAGCUGGAUGCCGACAUUGAGGCGGUGAAGGAGAUCUACAGCGAGAACUCUGUGUCUGUCAGAGAAUAUGGAACCAUUGACGAUGUGGACAUCGACCUCCACAUCAAUAUCAGCUUCCUGGAUGAGGAGGUGUCGACGGCCUGGAAGGUCCUACGGACCGAACCCAUUGUCCUGAGGCUGCGGUUCUCCCUCUCCCAGUACCUGGAUGGACCCGAGCCAUCGAUCGAGGUUUUCCAGCCGUCUAAUAAGGAGGGGUUUGGCUUGGGUCUUCAGCUGAAAAAGAUCCUGGGAAUGUUCACGUCCCAACAAUGGAAACACCUCAGCAACGAUUUCCUGAAGACCCAGCAGGAGAAGCGGCACAGCUGGUUCAAGUCGAGUGGCACCAUCAAGAAAUUCCGAGCGGGCCUCAGCAUCUUCUCUCCCAUCCCCAAGUCUCCCAGCUUCCCCAUCAUCCAGGACUCCAUGCUGAAGGGCAAGCUGGGGGUGCCAGAGCUCCGCGUCAAUCGCCUUAUGAACCGUUCCAUCUCCUGCACCAUUAAGAACCCCAAGGUGGAGGUGUUUGGCUACCCCCCCAGCACCCAGGCAGGUGUCGCCCCAUUCAACAUCCUGGUUGGCGGCCAUUGCAAGAAUAUCCCGACACUGGAGUAUGGAUUUCUCGUCCAGAUAAUGAAGUAUGCGGAGCAGCGGAUCCCCACCCUGAACGAGUACUGCGUAGUGUGCGACGAGCAGCACGUCUUCCAGAACGGAUCCAUGCUCAAGCCGGCUGUGUGCACGCGGGAGCUGUGCGUCUUCUCCUUCUACACCCUGGGGGUGAUGUCUGGCGCGGCGGAGGAGGUGGCCACGGGAGCAGAGGUGGUGGACCUGCUUGUGGCAAUGUGCCGGGCUGCCCUGGAGUCCCCACGCAAAAGUAUCAUCUUCGAGCCGUAUCCCUCUGUGGUGGACCCCAGUGAUCCAAAAACACUUGCCUUUAACCCCAAGAAGAAGAACUAUGAGCGUUUGCAGAAGGCCCUGGACAGCGUGAUGUCAAUCCGGGAAAUGACCCAGGGCUCGUAUCUGGAAAUCAAGAAGCAGAUGGACAAGCUGGACCCUCUGGCACACCCUCUCUUGCAAUGGAUAAUCUCCAGUAACAGAUCUCACAUUGUCAAGCUGCCUCUCAGCAGGCAGCUGAAAUUCAUGCACACCUCACACCAGUUCCUCCUGCUGAGCAGCCCCCCAGCCAAGGAAGCCCGGUUCCGCACAGCCAAGAAACUCUACGGGAGCACCUUCGCUUUUCAUGGAUCUCACAUUGAGAACUGGCAUUCCAUCCUACGCAACGGGCUGGUCAAUGCGUCCUACACCAAACUGCAGCUCAGCUCCCAGCAGCUGACUCUCCCAAACCGCCCCACUCCCUGCAGUGCCCAGGCGCUGGCUCUGCAGGCUCAGCUGCACCUGAGGAUGGGGAAAGGACAGCACAGGAUGCCCUCAAAGGAUGAGCUCGUCCAGAGAUAUAACCGAAUGAACACCAUUCCUCAGACUCGAUCCAUCCAGUCCCGGUUCCUACAGAGUCGGAAUCUAAACUGUAUAGCACUUUGUGAAGUGAUCACCUCGAAGGAUCUCCAGAAGCAUGGGAACAUCUGGGUGUGCCCGGUUUCGGACCAUGUCUGCACCCGCUUCUUCUUUGUGUAUGAAGACGGGCAAGUAGGAGACGCCAAUAUAAACACUCAGGACCCCAAGAUCCAGAAGGAAAUCAUGCGCGUGAUCGGAACUCAGGUCUACACAAAUUGAGGGGCACCUGCGGAGCCCACACUUUUCAUGCAGGGAGCCGGCGAGCCGCUCCCCCUGGUGCAGGCAGAAAGGAGCCGGGUGUCCUAGGCUGCCAAAAGGAGCAAUGAAAACACUGGCUUCACAAGGGAAACAGACAGGCGAGGGGGUGGAGUGAGGUCUGCAGCAUCCUCCUUGGAGCAGGACUCUGCCGCUUCAGCCAGCAUCACAUAUGGAGGGCAAUGGCUCCCAUGCCACAUCUGGGAAGCAGAGGUGCGACUGAGAGUCAGGUUUCCCAGCUGGCUCCCUGCUGCCUGUGCAUAGAUGUAUAGCAGAGAACAUGGCCAGGGCGGGCUUGUUGAUAUUUUCCCAUUUCCCUCCCACCCCCCGCUUUGAUCACCCUAUAUCCCAGCACUGAGCAGGAGCCAUGGGCACGUCCUGCCUCAUGUGCCUGCCCUUGGACCUGGGCGUUGCCCCUGGGCACAUGGCCGUUCUCAAGUUUACAGCAAUGACAUUUUUAACAACAAUAAAAACAAAGCAAAAAAAAAAAAAGGUUUUAACAUAUUAAAGUUCUUUAAAAAACUG